ACCCGCCUGUAUAAAUACAUAGUUGAACACACUUAAUAUUCCUCCCCUCUUUGAAUUGUCUCGUCGUCUUCAGCUUCAUCGGCCGUUUUAUUUUCCGGUGAUAAGAGAGAGAGAGAGAUAGGGGAGAGAAAUUGAGCCAGAUCCUCAUCGUCGUGGUUCUUGUUUCUUCCUCGAUCUCUCGAUCUUCUGCUUUUGCUCCUCCGAUUAAGCUCGUCGAUCAUGGCCGAGGCUGAUGACAUUCAACCUAUUGUCUGUGACAAUGGUACUGGAAUGGUUAAGGCUGGAUUCGCUGGAGAUGAUGCUCCCAGAGCGGUUUUCCCCAGUGUUGUUGGUCGACCUAGACAUCACGGUGUCAUGGUUGGGAUGAAUCAGAAAGAUGCGUAUGUUGGCGAUGAAGCGCAAUCCAAAAGAGGUAUCCUCACAUUGAAAUACCCAAUUGAGCAUGGUGUUGUUAGCAACUGGGAUGACAUGGAAAAGAUUUGGCAUCACACUUUCUACAAUGAGCUCCGUAUUGCUCCUGAAGAGCACCCGGUUCUACUUACUGAGGCUCCUCUUAACCCAAAAGCCAACAGAGAAAAGAUGACUCAGAUCAUGUUCGAGACCUUUAAUUCUCCAGCUAUGUAUGUCGCCAUUCAAGCUGUUCUAUCACUUUACGCCAGUGGUCGUACAACUGGUAUUGUGUUGGACUCUGGUGAUGGUGUGUCUCACACUGUGCCAAUUUACGAGGGUUUCUCACUUCCACAUGCUAUCCUCCGUCUUGACCUUGCUGGCCGUGACCUCACUGAUUACCUCAUGAAGAUCCUUACCGAGAGAGGUUACAUGUUUACCACAACAGCAGAACGGGAAAUCGUGAGAGACAUCAAGGAGAAGCUUUCCUUUGUUGCUGUGGACUACGAGCAAGAGAUGGAGACUUCAAAAACCAGCUCCUCCAUCGAGAAGAACUAUGAAUUACCCGACGGACAAGUGAUCACGAUCGGUGCUGAGAGAUUCAGGUGCCCAGAAGUCCUUUUCCAGCCAUCAUUUGUUGGAAUGGAAGCUGCAGGGAUCCACGAGACAACUUACAACUCGAUCAUGAAGUGUGAUGUUGAUAUCAGGAAGGACCUUUACGGUAACAUUGUGCUCAGUGGUGGUACAACUAUGUUCUCAGGUAUUGCAGACCGUAUGAGCAAAGAGAUCACAGCUCUUGCCCCAAGCAGCAUGAAGAUUAAGGUCGUGGCACCACCCGAGAGGAAGUACAGUGUCUGGAUUGGUGGUUCUAUCCUUGCUUCCCUCAGCACUUUCCAGCAGAUGUGGAUCUCUAAGGCUGAGUAUGAUGAAGCAGGUCCAGGCAUUGUCCACAGAAAAUGUUUCUAAGCUAAAGAGAAAGCGUUUCCAUGACGGGAUCACAGUUCUUUCUACAAUUCUACUUCUCCAAUUUGUUUGUUUCAAUUUUUUUUCCCCUUUGUCAUUCGUGCACCAUGUGAGAAACUUUCCGGUUAAAGCGUUUGGAGAGGUGUCGAAGGAGGAGCAGGUUUUAAAAACCCGCUCUUGCUCUUACCUGAGGCACAAUUCCACGUUUCAAACUCAGCUUCAUUCUCUAUUCUUGUCCAUUUGUUUGUUUGUAGCCUCUUGAAACUCGGAUAAAAACAAAAGUUUUUGGGAUUGUGUUAGUAAGUAUCUCAACAAAUAUUCGACAAAUUA